GCGCGACAAUAUAUAAGCUUGCACAUUCGUCUCUGCCAUCAGUUUGAUAUUUCCGUUUCGUUUUGCUGCAGUAUCAUUUGUGUGAUAUUCUGAUCACGUCGAGCUUUCAUCUCGAGCAUUCGAGCGAAAAUAAUUAAAAAGAAAAAGAAGUACGGUAAAUAAAUAGCUGCAGAUCCUCCAGUGUGCUAUAAAGGGACCAGCCAAGGCGACGGCGCAACUACAGCUCAAUUGGCAAAGAUUCAUUGCUCUUCAUCCUCGAAUUCUCUGACCAUUUUUACGUCUUUCUUCUCUUUCUCUUCGACGCAGCGUUUCCAUCGUCAGUAAGCGCGGCAAGCCAUACGCGCUCAGAAAAGAUGGGACUCUCUUAGCAUCGACUGAGCCGUUCUCGCGAUUACCAUCGAUUAAAUCGUUCGCUGUCCUCUGAAUCGAAUUCAGCUAAUCGGACCUCAGCUACUUUCAAUCGUUGUUGUAUAUAUUCGGUGAAAAUAACACGCGCGAAGACUGUCUCCGGAAGUGCGACGGCAGUAUUUUAUGAUUCGUUCGCCGCGAUUGUCCAGCCCAGUUAUGUUCUCGAUCAAGUACAGCAAGCAAUUCCUGAGCUACCGUAUACUCAAGUCCAACCGGUUCAAAUAUAUCUGACGAUACGGACUCGGACUACGUGGUAGAGGGUGCGCGCAAGGUGGUGUGUGUGUAUUGUACUACGGGCGACUUGUACCUACGGUGCUCAGGAAAGCAGAGACGAGGGUGCCCCGACAAGACCUGGAAAGUCUUGUAGAGUCCAAUGGCCGAAUCGGCUUGCACGGCGAUGCGAGCUUGAGGAAGUACGUCGGACUACGACGACGCGACAGAAAACUGGCGUCAUCGAAAAUCGCUAGUGAGGCGAAUCUUUCGAGAGCAAGGGGCACACGGGAGCUUAGAGGAAAAAAAAAUCGUUUGCGGAACAAACUGAAUUGGUAAUGACGAUUGAUGAGAUACUUCAUCGUCGAGGAAAUUUUUAACAAGAAAUAAAGUAUCACAAUUUUUGGAAUAAGCUUGCCAAGAAAGCGAUAUAGCGAAAAAAAUCUGACUGAUAACGACGAAUUAUUUUAUUAACAAAAAAAGUCUUGAGCAAAAAAAUUAAGAUUGACAAUCAAGACUUAUAAAAUUUUAUCAAGCCGUGAAAGGCUGUGGCAGUUGAUAAUUUUAUUGUUGAGGGAAGUUUCAAACAGAAAAAUAAAUCGAAUAUUAGUCAUUAGCGAGACGAUAAAGUUCUGAGGAGACUCCCUUUGAGGGACGGAUUUAUCUAGAGUAACGACAUCGCUCGAGGAUAAUACGCUUGUAUGUCAGCUUGUGAAAGAUCAUUAUUAGAGCGAAAAUCGAGCGGCACGAUCAAAGUUGAGAAAUCACUCGGAAAUUCCUUUGAAAGAGGCACUAAACGCGACAACCGUCACGUGCACAUUCACGUGUAUACAUUUGCACGAUACGCACAUCAUCAGGUGCGCGUAAUCAGGCCUGCAUAAAACGCGAAUUAAACGAAAUCACUAAUUAAAGCGACGAUCGAGCGAAAUCUGCACGUCUUUGGCAAAUCGGUGAAAUUGAUUAAAGUCAAAGGCAAAAGUUAAUGAGAAAAAUGAUCGUUUAUGUUCCGGGCAGAAUGCCAACUCACGUUGGUCCCUACGGCGCCGCUCGUUACCCGGGCACCCUGCUAGGAGCUGUCCCGGGUUUUUACAGCCCGGUUUCCGGCUACUCCACCAGCCCGGUCUCGAGCUACUACGGGAGCCUCCAGCAUCAACCACCGCUGGACCUUCCGGUUUGGCCGCGGAGGAUGCCGGCCGAGGAGGAACUAGGAGCCUCGCCGGCCGCCGGUUUGACCGGCCUCGGGGUGUCUCCGAGCGCCCUUGGCAACGGCGGUCCCCCGAGUCCGGCGCACAGCGACUCGGACGCGUCUAGUUCGAGCUUGGAACUAGGUACCAUCAGGACCGGCGAAAACGCCCAAUUAAAAUGCAGAUGGCAAGACUGUGGCCGAUGGUUCACGUCCCUGGAGCAACUUGCAGGACACGUUGGGAGAUUGCACGCAGCGCCCGGUGUGCGGGGUCUGUUUUAUUGCGGAUGGGAAGGAUGCGCAAGAGGCGAGCGUGGGUUUAACGCGAGGUACAAGAUGCUGGUCCAUGUACGGACACACACGAAUGAGAAGCCGCAUCAUUGCUUCCAAUGUGACAAGAGUUUCAGCAGAGCGGAGAACCUGAAAAUUCACGCGCGUUCUCACACCGGCGAACGUCCUUAUGUCUGUCCCGUCGAGGGUUGCAACAAAGCUUACUCGAAUUCUUCGGAUAGAUUCAAGCAUACUAGAACUCAUUCUGUGGAUAAGCCAUAUUAUUGCAAGGUGCCGGGUUGCCCCAAGAGGUACACCGAUCCAUCGUCCUUAAGGAAGCACGUCAAGACCUACCGCCACUACGUGAACAACAACGACAAGAUCCAAGAGAAGACCUAUGACGAUAGCAACAUCCAGGAGAAAACGAGAUUCGAUGCUUCGCCCGACAAGCAGAGCAGCAGCGCGCAUUCCGAAUCGGACAAAAAGGACUCGAGUAUCGAAAGCGUAUCGGGUUGCAGUCCAAAGACCAGCAGCUUCGAGGAGCAAAGAAACUUUGUCGAGUGGAACAACAUGUACAAUCUUCAGGAACAGCGGAAAGAACAGGAGCAAGUCACCCCGCCCAAGCCGUACGAGCAGGAUGUGAAGAUCUAUCCUAGGAUGUACGAUGACAGUUACAUUAUACCGGACAGGAUUCAAGUGAAUCCCAUGUACGCUUCCAGUAGCACCAUCAUCAAGGACUGCUCUGUAGCUUCCUCGUCGCCUCAUACGAGUCCCGGUCGAGUGUCCGAUUCGAUGCCGCGUAUUGGGAUGCAGUCAACGCCUAUCAAGACCGAGGAACCCAUGGAGUACAGCGUUACCAAGGCCACCACGGUGGAUUAUAGGAACAUCGAAUCGAUCGUCAAUAGUACGCCCUGCAAGAAGGAAAACACGGUCAGUUGCGAUCCCGUGAGGCACUCUGUAAUCAAGCGGGCGGAGGAUCUGAAGAUGGAGGUCGAGCAGACGCUACUCAAAGAGGAAUCGAAGGACACCAGCGGCGACUGUUGUUGUCGGCACAAAUGUUGCGUGCACAGCAAUGACAGCAUCCUACAAAAAACAAAAAUCCUUUCAGAUCUCAUUCUCAAGUCGCAGAAUCCGCUCUUUCGGCAUCUAUUGGGCUCGGUGGAUUUGCAGUAUGGGCUGGAGAAUAUGUGGAGCAACAUGGUAGAUACUAGUAACACAUGCGGCCAAGACCUCAGAGUAAAAGACCUCAGAGUAAAAAUCGAGAACGUCACUGAGAUGGAACAAGACCUGCCACUGGACUUGACGAUCAACAAAUAACGAACAAUUAGCUAUCAACAUACCAAAAAGCUCGUAGUCGUCAAUACGAAUUUUAUCUUUAUCAUUUGACAAAAUACGAAUUAAACGAAACGCCAUGAUUUUAAACGCAGUCAAUCAGUAUAAUUUAAUUGAUCAACAAAGAAAAAUUACUGCAUUAUUGAAAUGAAAAGUUUCGAUUGUAUUGCGAAACCAAAUAUAUUUUAAUACCUUAUAAUGUGAAAAAAAAUGACAAAAUGAAAACAAUCCAAGAUUGGACAAGAAUUUGCUCAAUCCGCAGCUGUCUAGAAAUAGUUGCACUAAUCGAACCGUUAAUCGGAAAAAUAAUCGGACUAGCUAUAAGUGCAACUCGACAAUUUUAAUCAAUUACUUGGAGUAAUUACUUACAAUGUUCCCGCUUUCGAAUUGGCUACUAAAAUUGGAUAAGAUACUAAUACAGAUAGGUAGCUGAAACAAUAAUAAAAGUUAAAUUGGGAACUUAUUAUAAGGCUGUAAAUAUAUCUGAAAAGUACGCACAAAAAUGUGAAAUAAUUGGCUCUUGCCCAGUAAUUUAAUUUCUGUUAGAAUUGAAUUUCAAGAGUUAGUUUUUAUAAUGUAAGACGCUUAAUAAUCAGUACUCUAUGUAAACAAAACAUAUGUAUCAUAUGUAUAUAGAAAUUUAUAUGUAUGUAUAUGUAUGUGUGGCGAGUCAAUUGAUAAAUGAAGUAACAUGGAGUAAAGUACCCAGAGAACAUUAAGACAUCUUAUAGGAUAUCUAAAAGACUUCCUAAAAUUUUUUAGGCGUCCUAUAAAAUUGUCAAAAAGAGGAAUUUGACAUCUUUAAGACGUCUUAUGUCACGUCUUUGAAAUAUUGUUUUAAAAUGCUUUAAGAUAUCUUAUUUUUAUUUGUAGACAUAUUGCGAAGUAAACAUUAGUGAUGCGGAAAUACUUUAAUAAGAAAAAA